UUUUGCUGAUUCCAGCGCAGGUGAAACACGUCUCCAGCAUCUUUAUCACUGAUCAGUUAAGCAAUCGCUUUAUAAAAUGCCUGUCGAGUUUGAACUUUGCCCUGGGAGAAAAAUUGGGGGCUCCAACCCUUGUUUUAUCAUCGCCGAGAUCGGACAGAACCAUCAGGGAGAUGUAGAAAUCGCCAAAAAAAUGAUCCGAAUGGCCAAGGACUGUGGAGCCGAUUGUGCAAAGUUUCAGAAGAGCGAGAUCGAGCACAGAUUCACCAGAAACGCUCUGGAUCGGCUUUACACAUCCCCUCACGCUUGGGGCCCGACAUACGGAGCUCAUAAGCACCAUCUGGAGUUCAGUCACGAGCAGUACAGAGAACUACAGCAAUACGCCACAGACAUCGGCAUCUUUUUUACCGCAUCCGGCAUGGACGAGAUGGCGGUGGAGUUUCUUCACGAAAUAAACGUGCCGUUUUUCAAAGUGGCCUCAGCCGACACCAACAACAUCCCCUACCUCGAGAAAACAGCCAAAAAGGGUCUCAGCAUAUAUGAGUUCCAGAAGGAGUUUCCGGACAUUCCCAUCGGAUACUCCGGACAUGAGACAGGCAUCCAUGUGUCUGUAGCUGCUGUGGCUCUCGGAGCAAAAGUCCUGGAGCGUCAUGUGACUCUGGAUAAAAGCUGGAAAGGCAGUGACCAUGCGGCCUCGCUGGAGCCUGAUGAACUUGCAGAGCUGGUGAAAGCCAUCCGGGCGGUGGAGAUGGCCAUGGGGUCACCAGUCAAACAGAUGCUGCCCUGUGAGGCUUCAUGCCACAGCAAGUUGGGUAAAUCAGUGGUGGCCCGGAAACCACUAAAAAUGGGUGAGACUUUAACCCUUGACAUGCUGACGGUGAAAGUGGCCGAACCACAAGGUGUGAGACCAGAGAACAUCUUCAAACUGGUUGGCAAGAAAAUAUCUGUGAACUUGGAGAAAGAUGCCACAAUUACUGAUGCCAUGAUUAAAGGUUGAUGAUUAGCCAUUUAAAACAUAAAGGGACAGUUCAGCCAAAAAUGAGCAUUCUCUAGUUCUAGACCGGUAUUGUGUUUCAUGAGUCUGUUGAACACAACAGAAGAUAUUUUGAAGACUGGUAGCCAUUGACCUUUACACCAGGAAGGUAUUUAUUAUGAAAAUUAAUGGCUACCAUUUUUGAACAUUCUUCAAAAUAUCUCCUUUUGUGUUCAUCAGGAGAAAAGAAACUCAAACAGGUUUGGACCAUGUGGAAGUUGAGUAAAUUAAGAUCAGAUUUUUAGGUGAACUGUCCCUUUAAGGAGCAAUGAAGGGGAUUUAUCUUACAAUUAUUUUAGUAUUUAAAUACACAUAUUUAUAAAUAUUAGAGGUAGAUUAUAAACGUAAAAGCACUACACCACAAGUAUAUCAACACAAUCUCUCAACAUUUUGUAACUGUUUACAUUUAUUGCCGGUUUAUAAAUUGUACAAUUGCUGGUUUGUAUGAAUUGUACAAUCCUCUCAUUUGUACUUUUUUUUUUUACGUUUCGCUCAUUUCCAGUUAUGGGAAUUUGCUUUUAUUGACCUUACAUUAAAUUCAUACCUUAAUAGGCCUAAGCAUUUCAACAAUGUGCUCUAGUUUUGCAGGCUAUUCAAAACGUUUGUCUUUUAUUUUAGUUAGGCCUACUUAUUGUGUUGAGAUUAAACGCAAAGAUGACAUCAUGUAUUGAUUUUAUAUAUAUUUAAAGUCACAAGUUUGCUUGUUGUAUCCCUUACUGACUAAUACCAUUGUAACUGUAGUGAACAAACACUUUUAAUAGAGAAUAUGCUGUAACACAGAAUAUGUGUAUAAUAUAGUAUACACGUGGGUUCAUUUUACAGCAGUGGCAGCAAGGUUCUGAGACAAGCAUGUUAUUUCUUGUUUACACAAAAUAAAUGUUAUAAAAUGU